GUGUGUGUGAAAGAGAGAGGAAGAAAGAGAGAGAGGGAGAGCUCCUCAGUUGCCUUAGCAGCGCAGCUUCAUUCCCUCACAGUCCGGUGCGGUGCGCGCUGCGCUUCACUUCACUUCACUUUACCGGGUGUUCCCCUCUCCUUCUUCUUCUUCUUCAUCUUCUUCCCACGGUCCGCCUCGUUCUCCCGUCCCUGCGAGGUGGCUUCGGGGCUGGUUAUUUAUCUAAAUUAGCAAAACUCCACUUUUACCUCCACCAAGUUCCACCCACGGAAAGGAACGGAUGGAUCUGGCUCUGCAGGCGGCGAACGCGAGCGCGGCGGAGGUGGUGUCGGCGGGAUGCGCGGAGCAGCGGAACCUCAGCGGGGAAGUUGGCGACUAUAACAUCAGCUGCCAGAACGUCUCCGUCAUCCCCAGAGCAGCCAGAGGAGUCAAAGAGAUGGACUCAUUCCGCAUCCUGCUCUACUGCCUCAUCUUCCUGCUGAGCGUCUUCGGCAACCUGCUCAUCAUCGUGGUAUUGGUGCUGAACAAGCGCAUGCGGACCGUCACCAACUCCUUCCUGCUGUCGCUGGCGGUCAGCGACCUCAUGAUGGCGAUCUUCUGCAUGCCCUUCACGCUCAUCCCCAACAUCUUGGAGGACUUCAUCUUCGGGGGCGCCAUGUGCAAGAUCUUCUCCUACUUCAUGGGGAUCUCCGUCAGCAUCUCCACCUUCAGCCUGGUGGCGAUCGCCAUCGAGCGGUACAGCGCCAUCUGCAAUCCGCUGAAGUCUCGCGCGUGGCAGACCCGGUCCCACGCCUACCGCGUCAUCGCCGCCACCUGGGUGGUGUCGCUGCUCAUCAUGGUGCCGUACCCGGUGUUCAGCCAGCUCAAGGCCUUCCCCAAGGCCAACGGCACCGUCGGCCACAUGUGCCGCCUGCACUGGCCCAGCGGGCCAGUGGAGCAGACCUGGUAUGUGCUGCUGCUGUUCACUCUGUUCUUCAUCCCGGGAGUGGUGAUGAUUGUAGCCUACGGCCUCAUCUCCAGAGAGCUCUUCCGAGGCAUGCAGUUUGAGCUGAGCCAGAGCAGAGAGGCCACCGGCCAGAAGAACGGCGUGGGACGGGCGGCCGCGGGGUCCAGCAACGACGACGACGACGGCUGCUACAUCCAGGUGUCCAAGAAGCCCCCCGCCGCAGCCGUGGAGCUGCCCACCCUCUCGGCCGCGUCCGGCGCCGCCCGGGCCAAGGCCGAGCGCGCCCGCAGCAACACCUCGGAGGCCAAGCUGCAGGCCAAGAAGCGGGUCAUCCGCAUGCUGAUGGUGAUCGUGGCGCUCUUCUUCGUCUGCUGGAUGCCGCUGUACUCGGCCAACACGUGGAAGGCCUUCGACCCGAAGGCGGCCACCAGGGCUCUGACCGGAGCGCCCAUCUCCUUCAUCCAACUGCUGUCCUACACCUCGGCGUGCGUCAACCCCAUCAUCUACUGCUUCAUGAACUUGCGCUUCCGCAAGGCCCUGCUGUCCACCUUUGCCUGCUGCUGCCGCAGCCGCCUCUGCCGCUGGUGGUGCCGGAGGAAGGAGGUGGGCACCGAGGACGGCAUCGGCGCCAUGUCCAUGGCCACUUCCAUGGCCACGUCCAUGUCCAAGAUCAGCUACACCACCGUCAGCACCGCCGGCACCUGCUAAGCGCCGGGGCGGAGCAGCCGCUUUUUUAUUUCAAGCUUCGGCUGUUCACUCUCAUUUUAGCUUUUAUGCUACAAUUCACACGCCAAGUAAUAUUCCUGCCCUCGUUUAUGAGGCCUUUUUAACAAAAAAAGGUCUCCUUAAAGUCCUGUGUGCAUGGUUGCAGAAUGGGAGGCGGGUUUGGUGACAUUCUUUUUCUGCCGUUUAAUUGGCAGCAUCCCGAAAGAUGGACAUCACGUGCCUGUGCUCUUCCUGUUGGUUUCAUUGUUCACUGGCCGAGAGACAUUUCAUUCAAAUAAUAAGGGGAAAUACCUUAAGGUUUUUACCAGCCAAAAAGGUACAUUUCUGAUAGAGACAUACCGUUGGAACAAUGAGGACUGAUUACCUCCGUAAAGAAGCAGAAUGGUCUGUAGCUCCUUUUCUGUUUGAUGUGCUUCUAUCUUCACUCAUCUUUCUCGGUUGGAAGAACGAAGGCUACACAGGGCAACUUGGAUAUUGUUGGUUUCCAAGUGAACAGCAAGAAAUCUUCACUCUUUUUGAGUUAGGCAAACAUCCCAGCAUCAAAAAUACAUUGACUGAGGUGUUUUUAAGAUCUUGUAACGUUUUUUACAGUGGCGCUCUGUGAUUCAGGCAGGUGCGUGAUGCAGACGUUAACAUUGGAACGAGAAUUACCAGAGAAAGUGCAGUCAGUCUCCGUUAGAGGCUGAUUGCACCUGCUGCUUGCUCCGCACAAAAGUGCUUCAGUCAAACACACCUUUUCUGCUCAAUUAUCUCCGUGGCGUCUUUCAUUUCCUCUUGCUCUCUCUCGUUCUCUCUCCCCGCAGCUGCAGUGCACUGCAAUUACUCUGAGCAGUACCUAAGUACAGAGACCCCCGGUUUCUAAGGCUCAGACUAACGAGGUGCUCCCGGGGAACCCGCUCGUGGCUUUUGCCCAUGCAGAGCCGCUGACAGCCUAUCCGAGAGAACUUCACCCAUUUAUUAAAGACAACAAUGAUCUCGAGUUUAAUAGCAUCCUUCCACUCUCUGGAUUGUGACCGACGUGCGCUCCGAUGAAGUACAAAGGGAUUGUAAGAAAAGAUGAAAUUAGGGUAGGAAUGGACCGGUGAUGGCAAAGAAUAAACUUAUUUGAUCAGGACCAGCAUUAUGUAAUUCUGCUUAUAUAUUAUAUUAAAAAUAUAUCAAAAUAAAAUAUUAUACUGUAUAAGAAUAGACGGAUAGAAAUUCAUUUGAUUAGGCGAGAACAUUGGUGCGACCUAUAUCUGGUUUGCUUAAAGCAUUUGGGAGAGCGGACAUUGAAGCCACCCUGUUGCCUCAGAAGUAGCGAGCUACUGUAGCGAUUCCGAGGGGCUGUUCCACGAGAUGGUUUAGAUCAUUUUUUCUGAAACUCGGUUUCAAAAAACUUAAAAGCUUAAUUCAUUAGAAUGAGAUGCAUCUCCCCUUCAAAUGUUGGUUGCAUCACACAACAUUAAGAAUGGCGAGAGAGUUAAGUUAGAUUCAUGAGCUGGCAGUGAGUCGUAUCGAUCUUCCCAUGUGGAAAUGAUCCGUGACUCUAUUCAUGAACUCGGUGGGACGCUUUUGUCUUGCAAGCGGUGACAUGUCAACAGCUUAGUGCUGUCAUUUCCUUAUCACUUUCAAGUUUCCUCUCUCCUCGUUCUCUGCAGCCACCGACACUCCACCCACCGCUCACCUCGUUUUUAUCUUGCUUUCCCAGCGCAGAGGAGCAUGAAUACAUGAAUGGCAAUAGAGUGGGGGUGACAGCUGAGAUUUUCAGGCACAAGCGGCGAUCCUGAGAGCGGUUAAAAAAAGCUGUCGCAAGGGGGGUGGGGGGGGGUGGGUUGCUUUGACAAACAGACUGACAAUUGGCACACAGACACACACACACUGCUAUAAACACAUUGUCUGGCGGCCGUCUCUACUGCAGUAUGUUUUUGUAAUUAAGCCAGAACGGCGAGUGAUUUCCAUAUUUUUGCUGCCACUCUGUGCGCAGCAGAACCUGCCGGUUUUAGUACGGAUUUAUUUCAGUGGCCCGUGCAAGUUUCGCCCAUCCACUUGCGUGUUUUGGUUGCGUCACAAGUCUGGAGGUUCUUGAAUUGCAAAAUAGAUGUAAAAUAUAUUAAAUGACGUUGGCUAGUUGGGAAUAAUGGAGGUAAGGCUCUUAAAGUGGGUAUUAAAUUAUGUCCUGUAGAUUAACAACCAGCGCUCAUGUGUAUUAUGAAGGGACAGGAUAAACAGUCUGUACGGUAAAAGCCUCCCACAGCUUUCAUUGAAUCAGUUUGGCUACUUACCUGACCAGGCCAGCAAGUUACGGUAUGUAUUAUUAAAAUGAGCAUCCUCACAGCAUCCUACUCAGAGCUGCUACUUUUUUCAUAUUUGAAAGAAAAAAAGCUAGUUGCCAGUGCCAUUGAUUUCGUCACUGCGAGGUAUCCUAAUGAGAACGUAAACGGCACUGAACCAAGUUCUCAUCUGUGUGAAAGUUAGACGUUACGUCUACACGCUAAAUAUGGAGCUAUAGCUGAUGGGAAGUUAGCUUGCUUGGCAUAGAAUAGGAAGACAACUAGCCUGGCUCUUUCCAAAGCAUCUCUCCACCAACAAAAGAAAAAAUGUCUUAUUGUUUGCUUAUUCCGUGAAAGAAACGUAGACGUCUUGGUAGUUUCAAUCUUUUAACUGUCAAGAUAACUGGAUUCCUCCUUUUAUGGUCAAGUUAACAAGCUGCUUGCCACUCGGAUUAAAAACACUGCGAGUAGUUACACUACAAAAAGCUUUUUAAUGUGUACACACACAUUAAAAAGCAAAUUAUCGUGUUUUUCUUGGGGAUAAUUAUUCCUUUACGUCUUUAUGGAGCACGUCCACCACUACAAGCCUCUACUCAGUGACUGAGUGUCUCCUGAAGAAUGGAUUUUCACCGGAAGAAAAAAGUUUACAGUACCAAAAACAGGUACAAAUGUGCCUGCAUGGGUGAGAAAUUGAAUUCUUACCCUUCUCCCAGAAGAAUAGCUGAUGCACAUUAAAACUGAAAUGAGACUGGCGCACGGACACUUCUGCUCUUAUCUCCGCCUCCCUCAAACAAGAAUCCCAUCAGGCGCUCCGGUCGGCACACAAAAACCAAAACACAUGGACAGACAAAACCUCUUCAGUUCCGCAGACAAUGCUCGACCGUCUGGGGACGAGAGAAC